AUUGCUCCGUCCCGCUCGCGCUACCGGGCGCUGGAGAAGAGAAAACUCUCGCCGGACUGCUCUGUGCAAAACAUUGGAGCAACCGAAGAAGGGUGGUUUGGUGCAGAAUUUUCAACACGCAGGAAAAACGAACAACAUUACCCGUGGUACUGCGAUAUCGACCGACCGACAUAGUGCUUUUCGUCGCGGCGUAAUCGCUCUCACUACUGCGCUGGGUUGGUGCUUUGUUCUGUUGGGACUUGCUGGUGCUGUGGUGUCGCGGGCUAGGUUGAAAAGUGUUAAAAAGCUAGUGCCACUUGGAUUGUUUUCGUGUCGUAUGCGGAUGAUAAAGAAGCGUAGCCCUCCCGCUGGUUCGGUUUCGAUUCGUCCAAAAGGGCCCAUUUGUGGCUGUGCGUGAGUGAGUGUUGGUUGUGCACAUUCGUGUGCAGGGCGUGCGAGCGGGCCGAAGAGAGAAAGUUUGGGGUUGCGGUGUAUGUCCCCUUGCGGAAGGCAAAACGUGUGUGCGUGUGUGUGUUUUGUGAUAUUCUUCUACAUUUUACUGAACGAUUCCAACCCCCUUUCCACCAACAUUCCAAGUUGCGGAAAAGAAAUAAUUGCUGUCUAUUGAACAGUACUACCCGUGCCACCACCCCCCGUUCUGCCCUUCCGCCCGUGUUAGUGUGCCAUUCUCUUUGCAACCUCCACACUCCCCCCCUACCCCUCUCGACGCGAGUGUGUAGUUUUGCGCAAUAAAAAAAGUGAUGCGGGACCUGGCUAAUAAGAUGGCCGAACUCAAAUUCGAGGCACCAUUGGCACAGUUCGAGGAGAGCGACGAGUGGGGCCCGGUCGAGUACCAGUCCUCGAAUGUGGCCAACGGCAAAACGGCGGCCGUAACCAUCAGCGACACGCUGAAUCUGAACAAUCUGAAAGAAUCGCUCCGUUCGCUCGACGGCAACCAGCAGCAGCAGCAGCAGAACCAGAAGGAUGACGAUUUGAACGAGCUGAACGACAACCUGCUGCUCGGGGACGACACGGUGCGGGGUGGGGGCGACUCGAACACCACCACCACCACCACCACUGCCAACAACAACAACAACAUUAAGGUGGGACCGAUCAAAGACAACGUCGACUUUGCGGAAGCGUUCACCGGCAGUCUGGAGGAUUUGGUCAACACGUUCGACGAGAAGAUCACGAAAUGCUUCGGCAACUACGAGCAGUCGGUGGAGGAGCUGGCCCCGGUGCAGGUCCGCUCGCAGGAGGAAAUCAUGAACGAGUGCCAGAUGUGGUGGACUAUUACGGGCAACUUUGGCAACAUUCUACCGAUCGAUUGGUCGAAAACGUACGCGCGCCAAAUGCAUGUACCGGCGCUGAACCUUGGCAUGCGCAAACCCGGCACACCGGACGAUGAGCUGCUGCAGGAUCUCAGCUCGGAGGACGAAGCGGUCGCCAGCGAUCUCGACAUGCAUGCGCUCAUACUCGGCGGCCUGCACGCGGACAACGAACCGAUCAAGACAGCGGACGAGGUGAUCAAGGAGAUCGAUGACAUCAUGGACGAGACUGGCUCGGAGGACGGGCAGCUUGAGAAUGAAGUAAUUGAGAAGGCCAAGGAAGUGCUCGGCUCACCGCUGUACGAAGAAAAAUUGCGCUCCCUGUCGAUCACGCAGCUAAACGAGCUGUACAUGGAGAUGGAGGUGCUGAUUCGCGAGUUCUCCGAGACGCUCAUCUCGGAGCUGGCACUGCGCGACGAGCUGGAGUACGAGAAGGAGCUCAAGAACACGUUCAUCUCGCUGCUGCUGGCCGUACAGAACCGUCGCCGCCAGUACCACGUGGAAAAGAAGAAGGGAAAGGCAGGGGGCAAAGGAUCGACCGGUGCCACAAACAGUUCGGGCAUGGAUCCCAAGUAUCUGACCACGGUCAUUCCUUACCAGCUGAACAGUACACCCGAUAAUCAAACGCUGCAAGUGCUGAUUAAGAUACUGAAAGCGAUCAACGAGGACAGUCCAACCGUUCCUACACUGCUGACGGACUACAUUCUCAAGGUGCUGUGUCCGACGUAAGCGCAUCGCAUAGAAAGUUGACGCUUCCCACACCGACUGCGGUGCUGCGGUGGCACGUCUCUGCACUCCGCGCACGACGCCCGUGUGCUCUCUUUCUCGUGUGCCGGUCGUCGUCGUUACGGGGUCGAUGGUGUGUAGGUAAUUUGUACACGAUUUCAAAGCUCUUAUAUUGCUAGCAGAAUAGUAACAAAACUGAGAGAAUACACACAUACAGGAAGUAUUCUCUCUUACUUCGGGGAAUUUUGCGCAAAAAAUUACGACAGAGAAUAGUCCAGCUAUCCAGCAGCAGAUACCUACUAUUCGAUGAACACAAACUGGAUUGAGAAGCUAACAUUCGCUGCAGCCAAACCGCGGAACAGCACAGACACAGGUGGCGGCGUUCCGUCACGAUGCUAUUUAUUAGUGUGUAGAAGUUAAGGGCUUCCGGUGCGCGUUAGCUCGCACCGGGUUAAAAACUAUGUUUUCUUCGUUAUCGUACGCCACGUUUUGAUGCUGAUUAUGUGAUUUUGUUGCUUGCGUAUCUGUUUUCCUUUUUGCCGUAUCUGCCCCGCUAGCAUUGGCGGGCAGUGCAAUUUUUUCGGGAAAUGCAAUACUGUAAUCAACUUUACUAUUUUAUUCACCUCGUCGUAAGACACACAUACACACACACCGUAAUGAUGUCGUAACAAUUUUCUAACGCUCUUUCUAUAUGAGAUACUAAGGAAACGGGAUGACGGGAUUCCGGAGGAUGUCAGUCGACGAUUCGGUGUCCCGUUGAGGUGGUUAAAUAAUACUCAGCUUUUUUUCCUUUAGAUAAAGAGUCAUCUAUUUGAUGUAAGAACGUUUUAUGAUCUAGUAUGCUUUCUCAACACCAGGCACAGCUGUCGUGCAAUAACACAGUGGCGCACAUUCCAAUACUGGCCUCGGUUAGAAAUGCCAUCUCAGACCGUUGGAAGGUUAAGUCAAUGGGGCCCUUCACACUUUACACUGCAAGCAAAAUGCAACAUACGAGUUAAUCCUUACCAAAGGCACUGGCCCGUUGAUUGUCGGUGGUGCUUGAUGUAAUCGUAACGUGUUGCCAUGAGUGUCGCCUACAAGAGAAUCGAGAUUUUGGUCGAGAAUCAUCCUCCAUUCUGCUUCGAAUUACGCUAGUCACCCGAAUGAACACUCCAACCCCGAAGCCAAACCGAGCGCGUACGUGUUUGUUUGAGCGCUGUAACGUAACGUGUUCAUUUUAUUAUUAUACGUUAUUUUGUUUUCUUUCCGUUCUUCCGUAGUUCCUUUUCGUCUGUUGAGUAUGUAUCGACUGUGCUUUGGUUUCUACCAUUGUGAGCAAUAUAUUAGUAGUUUACUGUAUACAAACGAUGGAAUAUGGUUUUGACACGUACAUACUGAUUAAUGGAAUCUGUGUAUAAUUUGAAUGCUAGUGUGCUUAGUGAUAAAUGGGGGCGAGAAGCAUGAUCCAAAAAAAGAGGUGUUCAUAGUUGUCACGGCCACACUCUGCGCCGUAUAUUACAUAUUAUUAUUAUUUCUCGAUGGCACUACACGCCACCAGCGAUGGAGAAGGAAAUAUAAUCAAUAGUUAUAAUUCAAUAUACACUCAACGGUCCGCGCCGCGAGAGUUGUGCAAAAUGCCAUAUAGUUUUGAAUUAAUUAUUUUUAAACAGAUUUAUAUACGCUUCGGAAACCCGUUUCGCACCCGCUGGUGCAAUGAUAAUUCUCACUUACUACUACUACUCUCUGAAGCAUAGAACCAAACGAAAUGAUUAUCAAACAUAAGAAGCGCUCUAAGAUGAUGGAAAUCGCAAAAGGGGGAAACCGAACAAACGUAACGUGAAGAAAGGUAAAACAGUUAGUGUGUUGGAAGGUAAUAUGGUUGGCCCAGACGCCAAUGAAGCGCAUGUAUAGACAAAAUACAAACAACCAACCAGAGUCUUCGUGGCGUGGCAUGAGCGGGGAAGGGGAGAGUGCUGUAAAAGUCCCACAGCUCCGUCGUGUUGUUUCUAUAUAUAUUUUUUGAGGUUCUCCCAAGAGCUAUUAGCUGCCUUUAUAGCGGAUUGUUUCCAUUUUCGUGCAAGUGUGGCAUUGGGCCAUGCCAAUAUAUCCCUCUCUUAGAAUCUUGAUUUCAUGAAACAGUAAUUUAACUAACACAAAAUCAACAUUACGAUGCUUGCACAGGUAGUUUGCUAAAACGUAAGAGCUUCUAUUCAUACACGGCGAAACGCAGUUGUACAUUUUGUAGCUUAUUAUAGAUGCUCGUUUCGACUCGAAUCCUGUACGGAAACAGUGAACAUAGUUUUGUAUCUCCAAACAUGCGAUACAUUCAUCUGAAGCUUUCAUCGUUCGGUCAGCUAGCUGCUCGUGGCUGAACUUUUACUGUGCUGGUUGCAUUAAUUACAUCCUCGAAUGCGUUUCUGUUUCAAUCGGCACCCGGCGAAACGCUACUGGAUUAAGCAGCUGAACCAUACCUGUUCACCUUCCACAAAAAAAAAAACAUCUAACGUCCGAAUACAUGGCAGGUCAGGAAAUGAGAGAGAAUAUAUCCCCCCAUUUUUUAAAUGGCUUAAUUUUUAACCGAAUGUCACAUUCUUGUUAACACACACUCUGAGCUUCUGGAAAGCAUUAAGAGACACACAAUCCUAUUAGAAACCAUUAGCCGAUUUAACAUAACAGGAAUAAUAAUUAAAGAAACAAAAAAGAUUA